CUUCCGUAAUGAAAGGCGUCUAAACAGUAACCGAUGUAGGGAUUAAUUUAAUAACAAACGAUCCUUACGAACACAAGUCACGAUGGCUGACUCACCAUCAGAUGGUGAUGGAGGAGCACAGGGGAAGAGCCCGGCCUCAUCCAAGCUGGACCAAUUAUCAAGGGAGGAUCUGACAAAAUUUGUCAAGAAGCAGAUGUUGAUGCUGCAGAAAAGUAGAGGCAAGAUCGAUGAGUUGACAAAGAAAAUGACUGAAAUGGAAGCAAGCAAGUCUUCAAGUGGAGAUGAUGCUGUGAAGGAUAAAAAAAUCCAGGAGUUAGAGGGGGAGCUGGAGACAUUGGAGCAAGAAAAGGCGGACAUGUUGUCAGCUUAUCAGGCUGUCCAACAGGCCCAGGAACUGUCCAUCUCUAAGUUUGAGGACAUGAGUACCCAAUGUAAAGAUUUCCAGGAAGAAAAACAGAGAUUGGAGACUGAAUUGUCAUCUGUACAGAAAAUCAGGAAGGAACUCACUGAGCAGGUUGAGUGUAUGACUAUGAAGGAUGAAACACUGAGCUCUUCACUUCAGUUCAUGCAGCAGGAGCAGGACAAGCUGUCAGAGGAAAAUAAGAAUUUGCGAGCUCAGGCAGAUGUGCUUACUGAUGCCCGCGAUAAAGUGAUGCAGAAGCUGAAGCAGAUGAAGAAACUGCAGGAGACUCAGGGGAAUGAGAGUCAGGGCCAGGUGGAGCAGCUGUCCGUCCAGGUGUCAGAGUUACAGACACAGCUCUCACAGGCUAACGAGGAGCUACAGGCUCGAAAUAACAUGGUUGGAAACCUUGAAGAAGAAGUUGCUUCACUAAAAGCUAUGCUGGAGAAAGACCAAUCUUCAGUGAACGAAUUAGGGGAGAAGUUGAAUGUGAGCAACAAAGAAAAGCAGGUCUUAGAGGAAACCAACUCCAAUCUAUCAAAAAUGUUAGAAGAGGCAAUGUCAGCUAAGGAGCAAAUAGCGAACUCCUUCCAGGAGGAAAUUAAUGUGUUAAAACAGAGACGUGAACAAGACCAGGAAAAGCUCCAAGAAAACGAGGAUUCCAAAAGUCAAAUAGCUGUAACACUUCAGAAAGAGGUAGACGAAUUGACACAAAAGUUGAAACAGGAGACAGAGAACCACAAAAAGGAUGUGGAUGAUUUGACUAUAUCACAGAAGAAAUUCCAGGAGGAUUUUGCAAGUACAAGUAAAAUGAUGCAAGACCUGAUAGAAGGGAAGGAAAAGAUGGUUGAGCAGAAAAAGGAAGUGAUGGAUGAAAACCAGAGGUUAAAGAGUAUGUUGGAGGAAAAAAACAAAAUGGCAGAAAUUAGUGCUGAUGUAACAGACAAGAUGAAUAUCUUGGAGACACAGAUGGCUGAGGCUGUCAAAGGACGAACAUCAGCAGAGAAAAUUUGUGAUGAACGAGCACAGAGAAUCCAAGAGUUGGAAGGCACAUGUGACAGUCUCAAGUCAGACCUUCUGGUGGUUACCAAGGAAAUACAGGACAACCGGGUCACUAUCCAACAGAAUCAACAAGAGAAAGAAAAUCAUAAGAAAGAACUUAUGAAAAUGGAGAAGAAAGUUAAAGAGUUAUACAGCACUAAUGAAUCUCUGAAGUCUGCCAAGAAAGAGCAGUCAGCCAAGGGAGGUAAGAAAAGUAAUCCCACGGACCAGAAGUUCAAGGCCGUGCUACAACAGAAGGAGGAGUUGGUGUCAGAAGUGAAGCGUUUGAGUGAGGAGCGCGACAGUCUGAAUGUUCGUGUGCGCGACCUGGUGGAGGAGCAGGAGAUGUUGAUGGCUGACAUGCAGAAGAAAGAGGAGCAGAUGCUGGAAUGGGAACACAUAAUGAACAUGUUACAACAGGAAAAGGAACGCAUGCUGCACGAACUCAAUGUCACUGAGGAGCGUGAUCAGAAACUUGUCGCGGAGUUAGAUACAAUAAGGUGCACAAUGUCCGAGAUACUUGGAAUAGAAACAGACCCAGCAGAUGAUGUGUUUAAUGAGGAUGAAGAUGAUUCUGUGAUGAUGGCCAUGGAUAAAAUCAAAGGACUUGUCACCCAGGUUGUAACCAGAACUGAAGAUCUCAAGUCUGAGUUAGACAAAGCUUGUAGUAGUAAUGGAGAUAACUCAGUCCAACUUCAUUCUAUCAAACGUGAGCUAGAGGAAGCCAGAAAGGAGAAGGAAUCGAUAGAAUGUGAGAAAGAGUCACUAGCUGUCAUCGUCCAGCUGGCAAAGGAAAAAGAACAGGACUUGUCUUCAGAAAAUACUCAUUUAAAAGAAGUGAGCGAGACCGGUGAUACUGAGAUGAGAGAACUGAGGGAAAUGUGUUUAAGUUUAAAGCAACAGCUAGAUGAAGGAGAAGAGGUGAAAGGCAAAAUGGCUGGCCAGGUCAAGGAGACAGAGGAGAAGUUGAAGGAGCGACAGGCAUAUACAGAGGAACUGGAGAAUAAAAUCUUAGAUAUGUCUAAUGCCCUGGCGGAAUCGAGGAAGAAACAUGAACAAUUUAUUGCCAAGAUGGAAACAGAUGGGGCAUCAACCACAGAAACGCUUCAGCAAGAAAUAAAAAACCUUCAAGAAAACAUCCAGGUUCUGGAAGGAGAGUUAGAGACUGUCAAAGCUAAUCACCAAUCAGCGGUCACAGAGGCUGCAAACUUGGCACAACAGGCCGAGGAAAAGACUCUUCAUUUAACAACGAUGACAGAUAAAGUCAAUAGUGUUGAAUUAGAGCUUAAAAACCUUAAUGAGGAAAAACAAAAAUUAGUCGAGGAACACAGGGAAUUGAUGGUAGAAAAAGAAACUCUGUUAACAGGACUAAAUGAAAAAUAUCAACAACUUGAAAACGAAUCCCAGAGUAUAAAAGAAGAAAAAGACAGAGUUUUAGUGGAGAAUCAAACAUUACAAGAACAGGUUGUUGAUUACAAAUCCAAGUGUUUAAAUCUGGAGGAUAACCUCACACAAGUACAAAGUUCAUCGGAAGAAAAAGCAGAGAAUUUGUCAUCUCAUACAAUAGUGCUUCAGGAUCAGAUCAGUAAUCUCCAGGAAGAAAAGGACCAGUAUUCAGCCACCUUACAGGAGAGGGAGAACCAGUUAGAGCAAAUCCAGACUUCACUGGAUGAGAAAAUGAAGGAAAUCGACCUCCUCGAGAGACAAUCACAAAGUAAGACAGAGGAAUACCAAGAUGUGUUGAUGGAAUUAGACAAAAUGAAAGUUACCAUUGAAGCCAGGCAACAAGAAAACUCUGAUUUAAAGGCAAAACUAUUGGAAGUAACACAGCAGAGUGAAGUGACGGCUCAGCAUGAACAGGAUAUCAGGGCCUUACAGGAGGAAAAUGACACGGUGAAAGAACAGGUGAAGAAGUUUCAGGAGGAAAAUGACACGGUGAAAGAACAGGUGAAGAAAUUACAGGAGGAAUAUAGGUUAAUGGUAGAGAAGAAUAAUUCACAGCAGGAGGAAUCGCAACAGGAGAUUGUCAAUAAACAAUCGGAAAUUAAAGACUUGAUGGAACGUGUGUCUGUGUUAACGGAGGAACUCGGUGAAGAAAAUGUACAAAAGGAAAGAAUAAUGAAAGAUUUCAAAGAUAAAUGUGAUGAAGAAUCUCAUCUUAAAGCUACAAUAGAGAAACUUGAAAGUAAUUUACAGUCAUUGGCAGGUGAAAAAGACACUGUUUCUAAGACUUUGGAAUCUGUAAAGGCAGAAGCUGAGGAUUUAAAAGGUGAAAAAGACAAGUUAAACAUUGAGUAUGAAGCUCUGAAGGGCAGAUUGUCCAGUUUAGAAGAUGGAGCAACAGGGUCGGAGAAACAGUUAGCUGAUUUGACCGGUCAAGUAGAAAAAUUAAAGGCCGAGAAAGAUGCUGCUAAUGCGAAAAUGUCAUCUCUACAAGAUUCACAUGAUAUCCUUUCUGAAAAAUUAUCCACUUCUGAAACUGAAGUUAAUAAACUAAAGGAAGAUAAACAAAGUUUAAAUGAGACAAUUAAAGAACUUGAAGUUAAGGUAAAGCAUUUACAAGAAUUAGAAAGUGAAAUUGAAAAUUUGAAUAAGCAAUGUAUUGAAUAUGAGAGAGUUAUUCAUGUGAAGAAUGAAGAGAAACAAACACUAGAUGCCACUCUGGCAGAAACAAACGAAAAGCUGGCCAAGUAUGUGGCUGAUUAUGAGGAGCUGAAAAACACACAUGUAGAAUUAGUGGAGAGCAACGACAGAAUGAAAGUAGAACAUGUAGGGUUAGCAGAGAGCCAGGAGAAACUGAAAGUAGAACAAGUGGAGCUGGUAUCACAGGUACAAAAAUUCACUCAGCUGGAGGAGGAGAGCAAACAGAAAUCUAGUGAUUCAAGUGCUGAGGUGGAGAAGCUGAAAAAGAGCCUGAAGGAGAAGGAAGGUGUGUGUAGCAAGCUCAAGGCAGUGGCUGUCAAGUGUAAGAAAGAGCUUGCUGAAGCCAACAAGAAGCUGGAGGGAAUGAAACAGAUUAGAUCUGACCUUGAGCAGAAGUUGGAGGUCAUAGAACAGUCAAAGAAGUCAGACUCCAUAGUGGCAGAGAGCUAUCAGACUCUGCAGCUACAACACACAAAGUUGUCCCAGGAAUUAGAUACUCACAAAAAAGCAGCUGACCAGUACAAACAUGACCUUGAGCAUACCAUACAGGACUCCUCAGAGGUCAAACAGAAACUGGCCAACACAAAGGAGGAAAAGGACAGGAUAAAUAAUGAAAAGGAUAAACUGGCCACACAGAUUAAGGGUUUAGAGUCUUCCAUUGCCGAGCUGAAGUCCAAAUUAUCAGCUGCUGAACAGGAAACUGAGGCAAAUAGAAUUCAAUGUGAGGAAAUAUCCAAGGAAAAAGUACAGUUACAAACCAAACUGGCUGACCAGGACGAAAAGUCAAAGGUAGACCUGGAAAAACAGAAAUCCAUUGUCACAGGGCUCCAGGGUCAGAUACAGACGAUGCAGAAUCACCUAGAGCAGGCGAAACAGGAAGCAAAUCAGAGUAACAUGAUGGAUCUGGAGAUAGCAGAUUACGAGCGGUCAGUCCAGGCAUUAAAUAUGCAGUUGACAGAGAAAGACACUGCUAUAGGAGAGCUGAAGGUGGAGAUAGAGAGAAAGGAGGAGAGAGUCAAGUCUCUACAAGAACAGAUAGAGGCUGUUGAUGAACAAAGAAACCAGUCAGAAGAGAGAGGCAACAAAUUCAAACAGAUGCUGGUCAAAACUAAAAAGGAGCUUGCUGAUGCUAAGAAAUGGGAAACAGAACAGCGAUCCUCAGAUGCUCACCUUCGAGGCGAGAUGGAGCAUCUAAACCAACAGUUGGAGGAAAACAAGAUACAAAUGAGUGAGCUGGCUGGAGAAAACCAAAAGUUGAAGGAGAAAACGAGAUCAUUGUCAGACUCUAACCAGCGGACAAUUAGGUCUCUGGAAAGUCAGGUUCAGUCUCUACAAGAUGAUGUGGAGGUGGCGAGGAGUGAGCAGGGGGCCAUACAAGCUGAAUAUGAAAGUUACAAGGUGCGGGUACACAGUGUGUUAAAGCAGCAGAAGAAACCGUCACAGGAACCAAGUGAACAGGAGAAGAUAGAAAAGGAGAGACUAGAGAAAGCCGUUGAACAGCUGAAGAAUAAAUUACAGGAAACAAGCGAGGCUCUGAGCAGUACGAAACAGGAAGUGUCAGUAUUACAGGAAGAACACGACCGUCUCCUACAGAGACACAACAAGGUGUUACUAGAUGCACAGGAGAAAGAGGAACACUACCGGAAAAGAAUGGAGGAGGCCCAAAAAGACAAAGUGUCAUUCAACAAAGAACUACAGGACACAGUCCAACAGUUAGCUGGCCAGAAUGAGUCGCUAACAAACUCCUUUAAGGAACAGAUAAAAUGUCUGCAUGAAGACCAUCGCCGUGCUCUAGACUUGCUACAGCGACAACUUGAUUCGGCAGAAAACGACAACAUUCGCCUGCAGAGGGAGCUGCAGCACCAAGUCCAGCAUGCUUCCAAGAUUCUAUCAGAACGAAAGAGUCCGGAGACAUUCCAAACCGUCCAAACCACAGAAUUCAUUCCGGAUAUGAGACAUGAAGAGAGACAAGAAGGGGAGGGCUCCGAGAUUGUGGAUCCUGAACCUUGUCCAAAGGGAGACAGUAAAACAACUCCUAUGCCACUAGACAAGUUAUUGGUUGUUGGCCCCGAAAACACCGCAUCAAAACUCAGCCCUCAUGUAGACGAGGCAAUUCUGCAGGAGAACUUACUGACAGCAAACAGGAGAUUAGAACAUUCUACAGAGCUUCUGAAUGAGUCAGAGGCAGCAGUGAUGAGACUGACAGAGCAGGCUAAGAUCCUGAAGGAGGAGAUACGGAGGCUGGAGAGGAACCAAGAGAGAGAGAAGGAGGCAGCCAACAUGGAAUAUCUCAAAAACAUCCUUCUUAAGUUUCUGAGCCUGAAGGUUGGCGAUGACAGACAGAAGUUGAUUCCUGUGUUGUGUACUAUGUUAAAACUGAGCCCGGAGGAGAAAUCUUUACUGGAUGCUGUAGCCCAGGGUGAGGACACCGGUCAAGGACAGCAGGCUCAAGCUGCAGGUUGGGGGUCUUAUCUUCAUCGUUGGUCAGGGCUGGCUGGCUAGUAACCACUUGACUACCACACCACACACAUGCAUGGAAAUAUUUCUCCUACAUAAUGCAAGUGCUGUCAUCAUAGUAAAAGUUACAGAAAAUCAGCAUUCUUAUAGAUCUGAACAUUCUCAAAACACAACAAAGGUUUUGAUUUACAUCUUUAUCAGAUAAUAGUGCCACAUCAUAUGAGAGGCUGCUAAAACUGGGUAUAUACAUCAUAUAUCAGGUAAUUGAUGUAAAGAGUAAAUCUGUCACCCAACAGUGACGUGUAUAGACUAAUCUGACAUAAAAAAAAAGGAUGGCAACAUCUGAAACAUAUCACAUACUUAAAUGAGUUCUAAUCUAAGUAUGAGGUCAUAUUGAUUACAAAAGUCUAAGGUCUUCGAUCCAUAAAUAUAUGACAGAAUUCUUGCUGAUAGUCUGAUGAAAAUUACAUCAAAAUAGGAUGUACCCGUAAAUGGCGUAGGAAAUCAAUUUGAAAUUUAAAAAAAAUUGACCCAGAGUGUCUGUGUAUACGUAUUGAUCCUACAUUAGGGAAAGAUGAUUGUGACCUUAGACAAAGGUCAAAGGUCAAGUACAUCAGCAUAACUUAAAACAUUCCAUUGUUCUAACCGUCUUGCCAGAAGGUUGGACAUAUCUUUCCUGAAAUUUACAUGCAUACACUUAAGUGACAGCUGGCAUACUAAGAUAACACUGUAGCAAUAGGAAUCACAUUUUAUUUGUAUUUUAUAUUUUUAUUUUUUUGUCAAUAGUUUUUUCUGAUAAUUGCUUGUUAGUAUUACAUUUAUAAACAAUUGCGCCUUAAUUUAUUAUGCAUUUACCUAGAGUUAAGUUUCAUCAUACAGAUUUUCGUCCAGCCUGUUAUUUCUAUCCAAAAGGAUGGAUUGCCUUUAAAUUCAUGAAGGAUUCCACAAUAAAAAAUAAACUAUUCCUUUAAUUGAAAGAUAUUAAACACUGAAUGUCGGACAACACAUUGUAUAAGACUUUCAAACAAUUACUGUCAUAUCUUGAUGCUUAAUGGAACAAUAUCAAAAUAAAAAAAAACAUAUUGUUUACAAAUAAAUAUCAGGAGUAAAAUGUGAUCUCUUAUUAAGAUUGUUAACGGCAUUUGUAUUGAAAUAUGUUAGAUAUAUACAUAUUAUAUUGUACAUGUAUGUGUUUUACCAUGCUAGUAGAUUUCUUUUAAGCUUGUUCUUGUCCAGGAAAAAGCCAAGGUUCCUAUAAUAGUGUCACAAUUCCUUUUCUGUGUUCAUUUUUUAAGCAUAUCUAGUUGUAUGAAUGUAUUUAAGAGUCUGGUCACAUUAGCCUUCAAUAGCUUAAAGUUGUGUUCAAGCAAAAUUGCAAAUUAUUUUUUUUUGUGUAUAUAGUCAGGGUAUGAUCAGAAAUUGGGAGUAUUAAUGCCUUUGUGUUUUUCUGGAGUGAUCAGAAAUGAGUGAUUUUGUUCUGAAACAUUAUAUGAGAAUGAUCAGAUAAAAUGAGUCUUUUGUUCAUACAGUAUAGUAUUGUAAGGUGAUUGGAAACAAAUAGAUGAUAAAAAAGAUGAUACAUCUAUGUUCUUAUGAGGGUGAUUAUUUCAGAUAUAAGGAAAAUUAUAUGUGCUUUUAAUUGUAAAUUACACCUGUAUGUAAAUUUUGUCAAUUGAGAUUUGUUGUAAAUAAGUUGAUACAGAAUCUGAUUAGUUGAGUGCAGACAUUUUUAUUUCUGAAUCAACUCUGAUUACUAUCCUCUUCAUCUCCUAGUACGUCCCAUGGCAGUUUGUUUCUUUUGGAUACAAACAUUUUGUCAAGGUUCCAAUGACUUUGAUACUGUGUGAUACCGGUACUCUGUUUGACUACAUGCUAAGCAUAAAAUUUGACUACCUGUGCAAAUGUUGAAUUAAAGCUUGGCAACAUGUGCAUGUUUCGAAUAAUAGCUAAGCAAUCUGUACACCGAAGUGACAUAACAAAGUUAAAGUUUGAUUACCUGUAUAGAUGUUGAUAUUGAUAAUUGACGUAACUUUUUUUCUGUCAGUACAAAUAGAUUAAAUAUAUGCCCAGCCAACAAAGCUGUGAUUUUAUAACUGUGAUUUUAACAGAAUAAGCUUGAAACGGGGCUUUGUUUGCUGGAACUAAAAGUGAUAAAAUAUUGUAUUGAAUUUAAAUAUGCUAAUGAAUAUGUUCCUCUUGUAGUAUCCUGGCUUUCCUGUUUGUGAUACUUUUUAUAUCUUAAAGUGCAGGAACUUGUCUGGAAAAUCAUUGAAAGAUUUGGUAAUGUGUUGUUUUUUUAAUUUAUGUAAAAUGUUCUCGAAGUAAUGUUUUUUCAAAGUAUCAUCUCUAACUUCUCUAAGGGAAAUUGACACCCUCCAGAUCCACUACCUUCAGGUUAUAUAAUAUGUGUACAUACAAAUAUAUCCAUUGGUGCCAGAAUUACUCCUGUAUGUCAUAAACUCCUACACAAGGGAGACAACCAAGUCCAAGUGAUACCAUAUUGUGCCACAACAGAUAGAGUGAAGUUUGUCAGGUAUUCUCAUACUUCUUCAUGGGUCUCUGGAUAUCUGUAUAUUUUUUUCAUAUUUUGCCCUUAUUAAAUCAGUUUUAGAUUUAA